UGCCCUGGGCGCGCCCCGCGGGGCGGAGCCAAGCCUGCGGGCGGUGGCGGCUGCACUCGCAGGGCCCUGGCAGCCGACCCUGGCCCCAAGGUCCGAUCGCCCAGGGGAGGAGCAGCACCGGGACCCCGCGUCGGCUGGGCGCCCCACAAGGGAAGCCAGUCUUAAUAUGAUGGAAACAUCUCUGAACUUCUAAAAGACCAAGGUUGGCGUUUGAGCUCUAUUAAUUUUACUUCGUCUUGGAAUUCACAAUGACAACAGUGACAGUGACCACAGAAAUUCCCCCAAGGGAUAAGAUGGAAGAUAAUUCUGCCUUGUAUGAGUCUACGUCCGCUCACAUUAUUGAAGAAACCGAGUAUGUGAAAAAGAUUCGAACUACUCUGCAAAAGAUCAGGACCCAGAUGUUUAAAGAUGAAAUAAGACAUAACAGUACAAAUCACAAACUAGAUGCAAAGCACUGUGGAAACCUUCAACAGGGCUCUGAUUCUGAAAUGGAUCCUUCUUGUUGCAGUUUGGAUUUGCUUAUGAAAAAGAUAAAAGGAAAAGACCUACAGCUCUUAGAAAUGAACAAAGAGAAUGAAGUAUUGAAAAUCAAGCUGGAAGCCUCCAGAGAAGCAGGAGCAGCAGCUCUGAGAAACGUGGCCCAGAGAUUAUUUGAAAACUACCAAACGCAAUCUGAAGAAGUGAGAAAGAAGCAGGAGGACAGUAAACAAUUACUCCAGGUUAACAAGCUUGAAAAAGAACAGAAAUUGAAACAACAUGUUGAAAAUCUGAAUCAAGUUGCUGAAAAACUUGAAGAAAAACACAGUCAAAUUACAGAAUUGGAGAACCUUGUACAGAGAAUGGAAAAGGAAAAGAGAACACUACUAGAAAGAAAACUGUCUUUGGAAAACAAGCUACUGCAACUCAAAUCCAGUGCUACAUAUGGAAAAAGUUGCCAGGAUCUUCAGAGGGAGAUUUCCAUUCUCCAGGAGCAGAUCUCUCAUCUGCAGUUUGUGAUUCACUCCCAACAUCAGAACCUGCGCAGUGUCAUCCAGGAGAUGGAAGGAUUAAAAAAUAAUUUAAAAGAACAAGACAAAAGAAUUGAAAAUCUCAGAGAAAAGGUUAACAUACUUGAAGCCCAGAAUAAAGAACUAAAAACCCAGGUAGCACUUUCAUCUGAAACUCCUAGGACAAAGGUAUCUAAGGCUGUCUCUACAAGUGAAUUGAAGACCGAAGGUGUUUCCCCUUAUUUAAUGUUGAUUAGGUUACGGAAAUGAACUGGCUGGAUGAAGAUCUGAUUUAGAAAGACUGCGUGAGUCUUAUUUAUUCUCUGAAACACAGCCCAAGUUUCAUGUUAAAAUGGCACAAUGCCAUUAUUUAAAUGGAACUUAUUACAUACCAAUGGCUUUGCAAGAAGAUGACAUUUCAGAAAAUCAAACAAAUAUAUAUUUAAUGGAUGGACUCUUCAAAACUUACCAAAUAGUUGAAGAAACCAGGUGCCUUCUCAUGAUGGAAGACAGAUUCUGCUUUAAAUUAAAAAAAAAAAAAUCUGAAUCUUGUUUUCAGAUUUUUUUUUUCUACUGGGACUGUUUUAAGAUUGUCAAUUCUGACUUUUUUAUAGUGGUUUUUAAGAGUAUAAAUAGAAGGGAGAGUGUAUAUAUGUAUGAAUGAACAUACAUUUCCUGCAUAUAUAUGUAUGAAGGGCAUGUAUAUGUAUGAAUGAGCAAACAUAUUUGAAAGUUAACUUUUGGAUGAUAGGAAAGAUCGUACAGUGACAUAAGUUCAUCUCCUGAUCCAUUGUUUGUGGGAGAAUUAUACUUGACUGAAUUAUGGGCAGGAGAAAGAGCAGAUUCCUUUUAGCUAAUUCCCCAACCCAUAUGCCCCUCUGAAGUUGAGAAUCAUGGCUGCCUCACCACACAUCAGAGAAUGACUGUUCUUCUUAGUUCUGGGAUUAAAAAUUGGUUUCUAGAGGUAACCUGUACACACAAACGCACAGGGAUGCACAUGGUUUCCUCUGCCUUUGUGACUAAUUUUCUUCUUGAUAGUUAUUAAUAGUAUCUAAAUAAAAUAUUGGGGGGGAUAGAAAAAUAAUGCUGUUAGCUCAUACUUCCAUGAAAAUGUAUAUAUUAUAGGCUCAAAGGAAUAAUGACUGCUGUCUGCAGCCAGAAAGAAUCUGAAUUUAUGAAUUGGAAAGAUAUAUAUAGUGUAUUUGUGAAAGUUUGCUUAAAUUCUGAUACAUGCCUUCUUUGUAGGUGGAGUUUGUGAUUGCAGUGAAUAGAACAAAUUCUGACUUGCAGAAAUGCAGACAUACAGUCAGGAAAGAACAAACUUCAAUUAAAUGUAUAAUGAGAGACCUUGGUCCCCCUAAAGGAUGAAUUUCCUUUAGGCCUUUGAUCUUCCUCUCUAGUGUAUAACUUUAAAUAUUUGCUCAGGAAAGAUGCUGACUCUUUCAUUAUGGAAUGUGAAAUAUCAGUGUUGUCUAUAAAUAUUUGAAGGUAUAUAAAAAUGAGAUGAUGUAAUGUAUUUAUAAAUUUAUCCAAGUACUGUAAUCCUUGAAUUGUUGUGUAACUGUGUGUGAGUUUUAUGCUUCAUGGUAUCUUUGGAAACAUUUUUAUUGCUUGCCUAUUUUGAAGGUAUAUUUAUCUGUUAACAUUUAGGGCAUAGUUACCUUAUACCAGCAACAAGUCUAAGCACUUUACUUGUAUUAAUUUCUUUUAUCUUCCCCAAGGCCCUCAGAAGCAGAUUAUUCCUGUUUUACAGAGAAAGAUACUGAGAGUGGUUGAGUAAUUUGCCCAGCUGCUAACUGUGAAGCAAAAAUUUGAACCUUUUGACUUGGCUAUUGAUAUUCAUUCUACUUGCUCACAUGGUGGUCUAAGAAAUUUCCCAGCUAUAGAAAUCUCUCUAUUUUUGCCACUUUAAUCAACACAUAGCUUCCUGGAUGACUGCCUGUGUUAUUUUGUGGAUGACAGUAAGAAACAACAAAUACUGAUAGAAUCAAUAUUUUGCUGAAAUGAGUUGAUCUUUCACCAGCUGGACUACCAUUGUGAGAACUCAGUUCAGACAAACUUCCCUGCUAAAAAUCUGUUUAUCAUACAUUUAUUAUUUAUGACUUUAUGUCACAUUGAAGAAUUUCUUCAUGAUACAUUUUCAGGCACACUUGUAGGAAAAUUAGGAUCAUGAGUCCUGCUUUAAGUAUUUGCAGUAUAGUAAGAGAAUCCAUCUUUUACUAGGAGACCAGAUUCCUUUUAUACCUCAUUCAUCACGCUGGAUUGUAAUAAAUUUCAGAUUUUGGAAUGGGCUUAUUUAACUGACCUAACAAUCUUGAUGAUUUCCAUUAGAAUAACUUAUUCUAAGGUCAAAAGUGGAAAGACACUGUUGGUUUUUAUUUUGAUUUCACUAUACUCAUUUUUGAACAUGGAAAUACAGUGGUGAAACCACCUAUGCAAAAAUGAUAACAGUGGGGAAAUUAUGACAGUGAAAGAGAUCUGACCUAACUAACUAUCUAUCUUGCCUCGAAACUGCCCUUGGUCGUUCCUGAGUGUGGGCCAAGCUAACUUUGGGAGAAAUUUACUUUAUAGGUUAAAUUAUAAUAGCCCUUCCCAAAACUAAACGAUUCUCCUGCCUCAGCCUCCCGAGUAGCUGUCUUUAUAAUACCAUCAGCCUUAUCAUUUAUUCGUCAUGUAUGGAUUGUUUCCUAUAUCCACUAUCAUAAAAUUAUCAUUUGAAAUAUUUUUUUAUGAAAAAAAAACACUUCUCAGUGAAAAAACAAGAUUACAAGGGGGAAUAAUAUUUAUUCAGCUAAAAUAGUACUCCACAGGAAAUAUAGGAAAAGAAACACUAGUUCAGUUUUAUUCCAAAUAAAUGUACUUCUAAUUAUACUCUUGAAUUUAUUGGAUAAGAAGGUCUGAGGUGGGUCUGAAAUUCAUACAUGACGUCAGGAAAAGAAAAGAAACUUAGUUCUACCUGAUUACAUAUGUUGUUACAAAUUAUCAUUGUAAAAUGUUUAAACAAUUAGUAUAGUAUAUCUUUUGAAUAAUUGCUUAUAAUAUGCCUUACCAUAAAGAAAAUUGAUGCUACAUUGUGUGAAUUGUUUGGUUUUCUUUUUAUAUUAAAAUUAUGCAUAAAUGAA